AUGGAUCUACCACACUCCCAAUCCCAAGGUCAACCUUCAUCUCUUCCACAUCAUCCGGCCUCUGCCCAGAGUCCAUACUAUUCAUACUCUUACGGUCAAGAUUCUUCUCCUGAAUCCUCCUCGGCCUCAUACCAGCGCGCAACCGCCCUCAACACGGCCGCCAACGCAAACACGCAACCUCAUCCACAAUACGACGACGACUACCACCUCUCGAAUUCUACACACGCGCCGCAGCAGCUGUCGCAACAACAGGGUCGCUUCACCGAGGAAUGGGGAGCCGCACAGCGUGGACCUUCUGUCCUUCUUGAUUAUCCUCACAACGGCGCAAGCAUGCAGCGCGCCAACUCGGUGCACAGCUUCAAUGCUGGCGACGACCAAGCGCUCCCCGUGCGCUCCAACACCCUCAAGAAAAAGAACUCGCUGCGCCGCAAUGGGAGCCUUAAGCGCAGCAGCAGCCGUCGUAGCAUGAGGGCUGGCAGCGUCAAGAGUCUCGCCUUGCAAUCUACAUCGGAUCCCGACGAGGCGCACAGUGCUUUCCACUGCCCAGUUCCCACAUCUGGCAACCCGACCGAUGCGCUCGCAAACCGGUUUCAGAACUGGAGAAAGGUGCUCAAGGAUCUCAUCGCAUACUUUCGUGAGAUUCAGACACACUAUGAGCACCGCUCCAAAUCUCUCAUCAAACUGGCCAAUGUUUCCAACAACAUCUCUGCACCACCUGGCUUCCUUCAAUCGGCGGGUAUUGAUGAUGCGCUCCAAUCUCUGCGAGUCUACAACAAGAACGCUGUUCUCGAAGCCAACAAGGCCAAGGAGAUUGAAGAUGACGUGAUUCUCGCCCUGACUGGAUUGCGAAGCGAUCUUCAGCAGAAGAUCAAGGAAAUUAAGAACCUCUCGGGUGACUUCAAGAAUUCGGUUGAGAAAGAGAUGGACCACACUCGCAAGGCAGUCAAGACUCUUGGUGACGUGUUGGGGCGGAAUGAGCUUGAUGAGUCGUUAACGACCGGCAAACAAGACCCAUACUUGCUCCGCUUGGCUGUCGACCGUCAGGUGGAACGGCAGAUUGACGAGGAGAAUUACCUGCACCAGGCAUAUCUCAACCUGGAGAACUCAGGCCGAGAGCUAGAGUCAAUUGUUGUUGGAGAGAUCCAGAAGGCCUAUAAUGCCUACGCUGGCAUCCUCAAGCGUGAGGCCGACAACUCGUACAACGUCAUUGGCGAGCUUCGAGACGGCCCAAUUUCCAUGCCCAAGGACCACGAAUGGAUGCACUUUGUUACCCACGACGAGAAAUUCGUCGACCCGACAAUCCCCCUCAGGACGGCGGACCAGAUUCACUAUCCCGGACAGGACCACGAGGCGGCGCAGGAGAUCCGGGCCGGAUUGCUGGAGCGAAAGAGCAAAUAUCUCAAGAGCUAUACAGCCGGCUGGUAUGUACUUUCUGCGACUCACCUCCACGAGUUCAAAUCGGCGGAUAAGGCGCAAGCCCCCGUCAUGUCUCUAUACCUUCCAGAACAGAAACUAGGAUCUCACUCGAACGGAGAGGGCUCUUCGAACAAGUUUAUUCUCAAGGGCCGCCAGACGGGCGGCAUGCACCGUGGACACACCUGGGUCUUCCGCGCCGAGAGCCACGAUACCAUGAUGGCCUGGUACGAGGAUAUCAAGGUGCUCACGGAGAAGACGCCCGAGGAGCGCAGCCAGUUUGUGCGCAGCCAUUCUAGGAGCCUUAGCCGAUCAUCCCGACGGUCAGUUAGUAGCGAUGGACUGGUCGACGAGGAAGACGAGGAGCCCUUCACGGCCGACACCGAAUCCUUUACCAACCCGGGACCGAGGCAACACGAUACGACCCCCCGGCGAUCUCAAGCAGGUGGGCGGUUCCCAUCUGAUAUCCAAGUCAAUGCGCAACGUGGCUUACAGGCCUCUCAUUCGCCUUCUAGUGUAAGCUCCGGGUUCCAGGACAACCACAAGGACUCCUUGCCGCCGAUUGUGACGGGGGCCUUGGUUGGAUCGGCAGCUGGAAACUCUGAACAGAACCGGGAGAAUGGUCUGGGCUAUGGAGCUGUGCACCAGACGCCUCUGGACGAGAUGCCCUCAAAUGCUGCCAUUGCCAGCCAAAAGGCGCACUACGAUGGUGUCAACCCUUACACGAGCGAGCCCGUCCAGCAGGCCCCGGGCGAACCGACCACGAUUCAUCAGCCGAAGCCCCAGCCGCCUUAUCCACAGCAUCCCAUGGGGCUGUCGGAAUACGUCGAGGAGAACCGAGACGAUACCCGUUUUGUUCCCAUCGUGAUUCCUCAGGGUAAGGAGGAUCGCGACAACAACAAGCCACCGUACGACUUGCAGGGCAACACACAUGAAGAGCCACGGGAGCAAGAUAACAACGGAUACGUCCUUGGUCCUCAGACCUCAACUUACAACCAGACAUCCUAUAACGACUCUACGUCAUAUGAGCGGGAGGCGUCUUCCAACCAGCAGCCAGGCUGGGAUGAGCAUACCAACGGUGGUACCAAAGCAACCAACUACCACCUGAUGACAGUUGGAGAAGGAUUCCCCAGACUGGAUGGCGGCGCUGCUGGCGAGUCCCAGCCUUCUACUAACAAGCCGGAAUCGGUGUUUACGGAGCCCGACUCGGUGCUUCUUCGAACAGACGACGAGGAUGAUAUUCCUCCUGUGCGACCUUCUGGCAACAACCGCACCGAGAGCCACAACACCAUUUCCAACCUGCACAUUCCUGGUGGUUAUCCUAAGAGCACUUUUGCGUGA